AUGAAAAUAUUGAUUGUACAUAGAUACAUUUUGGCAUACCAUUUACAACAGAAGAAAGUACCCAUUACACAAUUUGUCAAGAACACGAUUGCGGCGGAUCUGGAUGAAUUUGUGGGUACUUUCAACAUAGUGGAGUUAGUCCGUUGUUAUAAAGGAUCAGACGUGUCUAAACUGCCCCCCCCCCAACAUGAAAUUCGCGCCAAAUCUGUAUUUUAUAGUUGUUAUAAAGAUGUUAAUAUCUUCACUUCCCUGCGAUUUAGCAUUAGAUGA